AUAUCCCAACAAAUAGCAACUUGCCUUGUUCAUAUAACAUCCAGGCAGGCAUGCAGGUCGACAAGAUUAGAUGGUUAUAAAAUGUAAGUGGCUACCUUGUUGCUGCACAGUGCGCUGUAGCCUGCACUUGCCAGCGGGCGAGUCACUGUCACUGGUUAGCAGCACCUGUGCUCAUUGGGCUAUGUGGGCUCAGCAUGUCGGGCCCCUUCUCUCCUGGCACCCUCCAUGUGAUCCGUGUCUUGCACCCUAUCUCUCAACUGCUCUACGACAACCACCCGGAUCGAGGUUUCAAACUAAAUAGCUUCAGCAUAUCCAUCGUUUUGAUUGAUCGUACCUUUUUUAUUUCAACAUAAACAAGAAUGUCGGAUGGAGAUGCAGUCGUUACAUCCACUGCGAGAUACGACCACAACCUGCUGGCAGACUAUAAAAAUAGGAUUCGCCUAUAUUGCCUCAAUGGCGGCCACCACCUCCAGAUGCUCCCAGAUGGGACGGUGCACGGCCAGAGGGAAGAGGAUGACGUCUACACUGUCCUGAGACUGAAAGCUGUAGAACCUGGUGUGGUUGUGAUUCAGGGAGUGGAAACUGGGAAAUAUCUGGCCAUGAGCAAUGCAGGCCACUUGCAUAGUUCAUCCACAGUAAGUGAUGAAUCUUACUUUGUGGAGGUGCUGGAAGAGAACCACUACAACACCUAUCAGCCCCGGAAGUACAAGGAGAGGAACUGGUAUGUGGGGCUGAAGAAGAACGGCGAGCCCAAGCCGGGCCCUCGCACCCACAUCGGGCAGAAAGCCAUCUUCUUCCUCCCACGACGGCUAGAUGACACAGGGGAGUGAUAAUAAUGACCUCCUAUUACUGUUAUGUUAAACUAUGUAGGUACGAUGAUGAUGGCCUUUACACCCUGUGCACCUGUACCACAACCCUUGGCUUUGGUGUGCCACCAUAUUUAUAACUGAACUGGAUGGGAGACUAUUGAUAGACUACUGUCUAUCGUGUCCUUGUGUAGGUAUGUGUGCGGGCAGUGUCCCUUUCCUAUUGUGGUAUGAUGAAUGAUAAAAUAGCGAUAUCUGCUGAAGGAAGUAGCUUGAUCAGUCCUCAUGAAUGUCAUUAUGGCUGCUUUUGAGAAAUGUGAAUGUAAAUUGACUUAAUCUCACGCUCACUGUGCAUUACUGUCCUAGUAAAAAAAACAAAACUAUAUGAACACAAUGUAGUCAUAGAUUAUUGAUCACCUGACGAGUGUUUCCAUAUCCUUCAUAGCAUCCUUCUGACCAACCAGCGCACAUGGUACCUGCUAUAUGACCUGGGCUCAGUCGAAAGAACACCAGCCAACAUCAAAAACAUUCAGCUGACAUGAAGCUUUUUAAUCAAAUUUUAAAACAUCAGAACAAUAAAACCCAAAGCAGCUAUACAUUAAACAAACAAGCAGGUUUUGUUCACUCUCAUGGUCCGACACUUUUUCCAUAGAUAUGUAACUAUGUAUGUGAGGACCUACUGAACUAAAAGUGCUGCAUGUCCUGGUUCCAUAUUCAAAUCAUUGAAGCAGUACUCCACUUGAGCCAAUAAGGAGACGCCUAUUUAUUUUGAUGGAUGAGUAUGAUUUUGUGUUUAACAAACAUGAAAUAAGUCACCCGUAUGUUUACUUUUAGUGUAUAUAUAUAUAUUCUACAAUGAAGUAUAGAACACCCUGGGUUUUAUUGAUGUGUCUAAAGUGCACCUGCAUUCAACAUUCUUUGAUAGCAGGGUUUUGACACCUACUACAUUUCUAAAUUGCCCCAUAAGCAACUGGCUAAAAAAACAAAAAUAUAUAUACACUUUCUCUUGAAAUAAUGCCUUUAAAGUUAAUCUCAACCCAGAAAUGCAUCAGAAUCUGGGCCAAAUAAAAGUUAUGAUUUUUGAAAGGUACAUCAUUCCUGGACAAAACAUCUACAUCAAAUAUAUAUUAGAGAAGCUGACCCCAAUAGCAAUGUAUCACAUGCGUAAUUAAUUUAGAUAUUAACGUUUUGGAUACAGCAUGGGCAUAGGUCAUACAAGUAGCCUAUAAAACAAGGCCCUCACACCCACACUUUAAGUCGGUGGCUCCCUUCUUGCUCAAUGCAAAUGCUGCACCGUGCGUCACUCUUGGUUAUCUUGCUUGGAUGCUUAUGGUUGCUUGAUUUGUGAACACGUUUGUUGAUUUAUGUUAACAAAUACCAGAAGAACCACCUCCAAUCACAGGGAUUACACAAAGCAUUUGCCUAAUAGGCUAAAUUAAAGUUACUGCUGUGAGUGAAUGUGUGUUUGCGCCAUCACACUAUCAACUUCAUCAAAUAGAACAUUACUAGCAUGGCUGUGGAUGCCCAUUUCAGUACUGUGAUUACUAAAGCAAACGCUAAUACCGCCCUCUAUAGGCUUAACUGCAGUGUUGUUCAAAUCC